ACACUAUUUAAUAAUAUCCCACGCUAUAAGAAUGUCCUCCUUUCUCGCAUGCUCAGAGUUGCAAGUUACCAGUAAGAAAGAGAGUAAGAUGGAAGCCAAAGGGAACAACAGGACGCAAGACAUCAGGAUAGAAAACUUCGAUGUCGCUUACGGCUAUCGCAUUCUUCUGCAAGGUGCUGAUUUGAGUUUGGCGUUCGGGCGGCGAUAUGGUUUAGUCGGGCGAAACGGUCUCGGCAAAUCAACUCUUCUUCGUAUGAUUUCCAACGGCCAACUUCGCAUACCGUCGCACAUAUCAAUUUUACACGUCGAACAAGAAGUCAUAGGGGAUGAUACUCUAGCUAUAGAAAGCGUCUUACAAUGUGAUACAAUCCGAGAAGGUUUGCUUCAGAAAGAAAGGGAAAUCAGCGCGGCGAUUAAUUCGGGCUCAAAUGAUCCAGAACUGUCGAAUCAAUUAACUGAGGUUUAUGCGCAACUACAGAAUAUUGAAGCUGAUAAAGCGCCCGCGAAAGCGUCGAUUAUUUUGAACGGGCUGGGGUUCACCCCGGAAAUGCAACAAAAAGAGACUAAGACUUUCUCUGGAGGGUGGAGGAUGAGGUUGGCUUUGGCGAGGGCGUUGUUCUCCAGACCGGAUUUGUUGUUGUUGGAUGAACCGACGAACAUGUUGGACAUUAAGGCGAUUAUUUGGUUGAAGAAUUAUUUGCAGAAUUGGCCUACGACGUUGUUGGUAGUUUCGCACGACCGCAACUUUUUGGAUACGGUGCCAACUGAUAUUUUGCAUCUCCACACACAAAGGAUAGAUGCCUAUAGGGGAAAUUACGACCAGUUUGAAAAAACGAAGACGGAAAAGCUUAAAAAUCAACAGAGGGAAUAUGAUGCUCAAAUGCAACACCGCCAACACGUUCAAGAAUUUAUCGAUAGGUUUAGGUAUAACGCAAAUCGGGCUGCAUCCGUACAGUCAAAAAUUAAAAUGCUAGAGAAACUACUUGAACUAAAACCAGUAGAAAAGGAAACCAACGUCGUUCUUAAAUUUCCAGACACGGAACCUCUAUCCCCCCCCAUUUUACAACUAAACGACGCCUCUUUCGCAUACAUCAAAAACAAACUUAUUUUUAGUAAUGUUAAUCUUGGUGCUACCAUGGAUUCGCGGAUUUGUAUUGUGGGUGAUAAUGGCGCCGGUAAAACUACAAUCUUGAAAAUUAUAAUGGGGAUUUUAUCGCCGACAGCUGGGAUGCGUCAUGUUCACAGAAAUUUGAAGUUUGGGUAUUUUAGUCAACACCAUGUGGACCAACUUGAUAUGAAUGUUAAUUCCGUUGAGUUGUUACAGAGUGCUUAUCCAGGAAAACCAAUCGAAGAAUACCGAAGACAGUUAGGUAGUUUCGGAAUCUCAGGGGAUUUGGCGUUGCAAACCGUCGCCAGUUUAUCCGGAGGUCAAAAAUCGCGGGUGGCUUUCGCCCGAAUGUGCAUGGGCCAACCCAACUUCUUGGUACUCGACGAACCCACAAACCACUUAGACAUAGAAACCAUCGAAGCACUAGGGAACGCUAUCACCAAAUACACGGGAGGGGUUAUUUUAGUGUCACACGACGAACGCCUUAUAAGAAAAAUCUGCAAAGAGUUGUGGGUGUGCGCCAACGGCUCAGUCAGGAGUAUAGAAGGCUUCGACGAGUAUAGGAAAAUUGUGGAACAGGAGCUGGAAGCAGCCCAGUCUAAAUAAUACUUUCUUUAAAAUUAUUAGGAAAUUUAUUUGUAUAAAUGUGCCUCCUUUUAUGUGGAAAAAUUACUAUUUAUGAUUUUUGUUAUAUUUAUAAUAUAUUCAUGUUUAUAAUGGUAUUUAAAAAUAAAAGUUCAUAUUUUG